ACCUGGGGCUUCCCUUCCGGUCCCCACAGCCCCAGGGUCCGGCCGAGCGCCUAAAGCAGCCUGGACCGCGGGGUCGGGCUUUGCCGGUAACGCGGCGGGAGGAGGUAGCCCCGCCCACGAGGGCGGGUCUCCAGGACGGAGCUUCCGGUGAUGGAGGCGCGCGCCCGGCUGGUGGGGUUGGUGCGCGCUGGGCGCCCCCGUGUGCCCUUCACCGUCUGUGAGGCGGCCGCGGGGCCCUCAGAAGUUCAGGGCUAGACCCGUCCCCCGGAGCCGGGCGGAGGGAGCCCGAGGAGCGCCGGCGGCCUUUCCUUGCGGGACACAAAGGGAAACGCGAAGUGGAAGUGUGGCAGGUACCUGAGAUCCAGCUGCUCUUCUUCCCUAAGAAGAUCCAUGAGACACUCCUCAGGAUCACCUAAGUGGGUCAGAGCAUCCUGAGCACUGGGUCUUGGUGGAGAUGCCGGAAUGAGAAGGCACAAGAGUCCUGGUCCCCACCAAUCAGCCUCCCGGGUGACGAGUUCUGUGCCUGGAACAGAGACCACUGUGCCCCUGGUUGCCUCCUCUCCUGCCAUCCUCACCCCGUUCAACCCACAGAGGCCCCCAGCUGAUGUUCGUGUGACCUUUGAGGAUGUUGCUGUGCAGUUCUCUAAGGAGGAAUGGUGCCUCCUUGAUGAGGCUCAGAGACACCUGUUUCUCGAAGUGAUGCUGGAGAACUUUGAACUCAUAUCCUCUCUAGGUUGCUGCUGUGGAGCAGAGGAUGUGGAGGCACCUACUGAAGAGCAUGUUUCUGUGAGAGUGUCACAGGCCAAGAACCCCAAUGUAGCUGUGUCCUCCCAGAAGAGCCACCCCUGUGAGAGUUGUGGACCAGUCCUGAGAGACAUUUUCCACUUGGUUGAGCAGCAGGGAACACAACACAGACUGAAACUAUUGAGGUGUGGGGCAUGUGCAAAGCAGUUUUAUUUCGGCAAGAAAGCCAUUGGCUGCAACCACAACCUUGCUCAGGACCAUGGUGUCUGUAAUGGAAUACAGUGUUUUGUGUGCCGUGAAUGUGGAAAAUCUUUUACAAAAAUCUCUGAUCUCCAUUAUCAUCAGAAAUUGCACACAGGAGAAAGUCCAUACAAGUGCAGUGAAUGUGGGAAAUGCUAUAAUCAACACUCCAAACUUAUUCGACACCAGCGAGUUCAUUCUAAAGAAAAGCUUCACGAGUAUGGCGAAUGUGGGAAAUUCUUUAGCCAAAGUGCAAAACUCAUGCAACACCAGAGAGUUCACACUGGAGAAAAGCCAUUUGAAUGUGAUGAGUGUGGGAAAUCCUUUAGCAUACAUUUUAGCCUUGUUCGACACCAGACAGUUCACACUGGAGAAAAGCCAUAUGAGUGUGGUGAAUGUGGAAAAUAUUUUACCAGAAUCUCUGGUCUUUAUCGUCAUCAGAGACUUCACACUGGAGAAAAGCCUUAUAAGUGCAAUGAAUGUGGGAAAUCUUUUGUCAGGAACUGUGAGUUGAGUUAUCAUCAGAAAUGUCACACUGGAGAAAGGACUUACAAGUGCAGUCAGUGUGGGAAAUCUUUCACCACUCGCUUAAGCCUCAGUUAUCAUCAGAGACGUCACACUGGAGAUAGGCCUUAUGAGUGUAGUCAGUGUGGGAAAACUUUUACCACUAGUGCUGGCCUCCGUCAUCAUCAGAGACUUCACACUGAAGAAAGGCCUUAUGAGUGCAGUCAUUGUGGGAAAUCUUUUACCAGUAAGAAUAAGCUCCUUUGUCAUCAGAGAAUUCACACUGGAGAAAGGCCUUAUGAAUGCAGUGAAUGUGGGAAAUCUUUUAUCAGGAACUGUGAGUUGAAUUAUCAUCAGAAAUAUCACACUGGAGAAAGGUCUUAUGAGUGCAGUCAGUGUGGGAAAUCUUUUUCCAGUAAGGGUAGUCUCAGUUAUCAUCAGAGACUUCACACUGGAGAAAGGCCUUAUGAGUGCAGUCAGUGUGGGAAAUCUUUUACUGGUAAGAAUAAGCUCCAUUGUCAUAAGAGAAUUCACACUGGAGAAAGGCCUUAUGAGUGCAGUCAGUGUGGAAAAUCUUUUACCACUAGUGAUGGCCUCCGUUAUCAUCAGAGAGUUCACAGUGGAGAAAGGCCUUAUGAGUGCAGUCAGUGUGGAAAAUCUUUUACCAGUAAGAGUAGCCUCAAUUGUCAUCAGAGAAUUCACACUGGAGAGAGGCCUUAUGAGUGCAGUCAGUGUGGGAAAUCAUUUGCCCUGAACGAUCAGUUGCAUCUUCAUCAGAAAGUUCACAGGAGAAAGGGCUCAGGAUUGCAGUGAAUGUGGGAAAUAUUUUGCCAGAAACAGUUACUUAUGUUGUCAUCAGAGACUUUACAGGUGUGCCUAUACUUUUGAACGGAAUUACUUUCAAAGAUCUUGCAAAGGGCCAUGUAUUCUAAUGUCUGUAAUUCCAUGGGUGAUGGUCACUUG